UUUUCUUUGACACCUCUUCAUCUUGCCUGUUGGUAUGGACAGGAAUCUGUGGUCAAACUGUUUUUAGAACACGGUGCGAACGUCAACGCUAAGGACAGGGUGAGUCAGUGAACUUUCUUCAAUUGAAUAAUAUAGUGCAAUGAAGGGGUUGGGGUAAGGGAGGUUGUUGUUUGUCCAGUAUUACUGAUUCACACAGGAAUCUCUUUAUGUUGGCCAAUUAUUAAAAUUUACCCUAGCAACAGUAUUGAUACAACUGCCUGUUUUACUAUGGUACAUAGCACAUUUGUGUUAUUCCAAUGGUAAUUUGUUAGUGAAGGUUUUAUGUGCUAAUACACAAGUUUUUAUUUGUUAUUUACCGGAAAAAAUGGGUGGUAGAAAUCUUUGAUUUAAAAACAGUAUCAGGGAAGAACAAAAUUAAACCGUAAGUUGAGAGCAAAACUUUCGAAUUUUUUUCUUCAUUUUUUGCGUUUUUAAUACCUUCACAUCUUACAAAUAUUUUACUUAUUACGAACUUUACGAACUUUUUAGAGUCCAGUUUCCCUUAAUCUGUUUCCUCGUGUUCGGGAUCAGACCCAAAAUUAUUAUCCUAAGCAGCAACAAAAACAACAACUUGGUGUGGCUGAAAAGGGGAAAGUUUGUCACAAAGUUCUCAACUAAAUCUUAAAAGGUCGGCCCCAUUUACUCCUGGAUUUUUGUAAGCUAAAAAGAACUCACCACCAGGGUGGUACACAUACCGGUAUGGAGGAGGGAGUUUGGCCUAUUCCAGGGCCGACUGUGACCGUUCUUGGGUAAAUAUGGAAGGUGCACAGACCGCAAUAGGGGAUGGAGUUGGGCCUCCCCUUAACGUCGGCUGUGACCAAUCGUGGGCCUCUCUAGGGCCCCCACCAUAAAACAUAUAUGUAUAUUCCAGGGGUACAAAAUGUCGAGGGGUACAAAAGUGUGAUGAGAGGAGCACUUUAUCCCAAUUCCCACCUUUUUUGAAAAACACAACUGUCUUCAGAGUAGAAGUACAAGAUAGAGACAACCAAAUUGACUAAUUAGAUGUCAUAUCAGUGCAUCAGGUUAAAACUCUAAACCGAAAGGGACAUCCACGUGUUGACGCAGAAAUUGAUUACUAUAGUGGGUGGGAUGGAAGGGAAAAGAAAACAGAGUGACGAAGAAUAUCAUGGGAGUGUAAACUAAGGAACAUGGCAGAGUGCCCUGUAAUUGGUCAAAUAAACAACGAAUAGUUCAUGGGGUUCAGUUCACGUGAGGUUGCACGUGAAAAUAACUGGACAAAGGACAAAGCUAAACGAAGAGUUGUUAAAUAACUAAAAUUUAUUUGCAGUGAUCAGUAAAUUAUGAUCUCUCAGAACACGUUUUGAUUUGAACGUUUCAUUGCACUAGAAUUUGCUCUAAUCCCAACUGCGAAAUCGGCCUCUAACUCUUACCUAUAUCACCCUUAGAGGCUUGUUAUGUUUCCUUCUCUCUUCCUGUAUUCCAUUUGAGUGCUUUUUCCACCGCAUUUUUACACAUUAAAUGAAUCAGCUACAUUGCAGUCGUUUAUGGAUGUUGCUGGAAUUAUAGCAUGCCUGUAACAGAAUAGGAAUUGUUCUCUCACUGGAGGGGAACUGCUCUUUUUUUCUUUGCUGUUUUGGAUUACCAAUAACCUUUCCUGGAGACUGGGGCGACCAUGUGCGAGUGAAGACGUUGAAACGAUUGUCCCAAGCUCUGUGGCAGCGUCUUAUAGGUAAUAAUUACCUCGCCGCCUUUUUUCGCUCUUUCUUAAAACUUCGUUGUGUAAUGUAUUCUUUGUUUGUUUGUUUUUCUUUGUUUUAUUUGUCCUUUUGUUAUUUCCUUUGUUGUUUUUUGUUUUGUGAGUAUUUGUGCGUUUUGUGUGUAUUGUCUACCUACGUGCUGUGUGUUUUUGCACCUCAGUUGCCACCUCUUUUCAAUUUUUUGUACCACUGCGGUGAAAAUUAUUUGUAUGCGCAUAAUUUAUUUUUUCUUCCUGAUCCCAUUCAUGAAAAGAACUUUUUGAUUUUAAAUUACUUUCUCUUAAUGUGCGAGGGGUUCGAGCCGCCACGAAAAAAAAGGAAAGCCCUUUUUACCUGGCUAAAUGAACGGAGGUAUGAUAUUAUCUUCCUUCAAGAGACCUAUAGCACUGUUGACGUUGAAGACAUUUGGAGAACACAGUGGAGAGGUAAGCUCUUUUUUUGCACGGCUCUAAUCAUAGUUGUGGAGUGAUGAUUCUAGUGAGAAGUGACUUAGAUUUUAAUCCAAGAACUAUUAGUUGUGAUGACGAGGGCCGCUCCAUUACAAUUGAAGCUGAGGUCCAAGGUUCGCCAUUUUUGUUUGUAAAUAUUUAUGCUCCAAACAAGGUUCAAGACCAAUGCCGUUUUUUUGAUAAGUUAAACAAAAAUAUUGAAGACCGCGUCGUUAAUGAAGAGCUUAGAAUUAUUCUCGGGGGAGACUUUAAUGUAACACUCGACUCUGAUCUUGACUGUUCCGGUGGUAGACCUUUCAGAAAAGAUUCUGUGAAACACAUACAAGACUUAUGCCUGGAUUUUGAUUUGGUUGACAUUUGGCGCAUACGAAAUCCGGACUCUAAACGCUUUACGUGGCGUCAAAGAAAUCCUUUCAUUCAAAGAAGACUUGAUUAUUGGCUGAUUAGCGAUGUAUGCCAAGACGACAUUGAGAAGUCCGAUAUCAUUCCUUCGAUAAAUUCAGACCAUUCGGCAAUUUUUCUCCAUCUUAAUAGCAUAGACAAACCAAAACACGGCCCCUCUUUCUGGAAGUUUAAUGCUAGUCUUGUAAAUGACGACGACUUUGUUGCACUGAUAAAUGAAAGUAUGCCUUUGUGGUUAGAGGAGUUCAAAGACGUUAUAGAUAAAAGGCUGUUGUGGGAUUUAAUUAAGUACAGGAUUAGACAAAUUACAAUAAAGUAUAGCAAAGAAAAAAAAGCACGUGAAAGGAGAAGAAAGAUCUCUGAUAUUGAGGCUUCUUUGAAGAUUUCGGAAGAGAGAUGCGGUAGUUCACCAACUCCUGAGAACCAGGAAGAGUUUGAAUUGUUAAAAAUGGAAUAUGAUUCUAUCUAUGAGCAGAUAGCAAAAGGUGCUAUAAUCCGAUCGAAAGCCACUUGGUAUGAAAAAAAGGAGAAAAAAGCAAUAAGUUCUUUUUAAACCUUGAAACACAUAAGAAAGCUAAGAGUUCUGUCCGUAAGGUUUUGACGAUAAUGGAGUUCUAAUCACGGAUCCUAAAAAAAUAUUGCAAGAAAUUCAAAAUUUUUAUUCUAAUCUUUGUGAGCGUGACCCUCUUAGCCCAUCUGAACACACGUUAAACUCUUUUUUAAACAAUCCUGAAAUGCCAAAACUCUCUGAUACUGAUGUUCAAAUUUGCGAGGGAAAAUUAACGGUUGAAGAGUGUUACAAAAGUCUUCAGCUGUUUGAAAGUAACAAGUCACCAGGCAAUGACGGACUAACAGUCGAAUUUUACAGGGCUUUUUGGGGCCUCUUAGGACAGCUAUUAGUAGACAGCUUAAACUACUCUUAUGAUCAUGGUGAGCUCUCAAACUCUCAGAAAGAAGCCAUUAUUACCCUAAUAGAAAAGAAGGACAAAGACAAAAGGGACUUAUCAAACUGGAGACCGAUUUCGCUUAUUAAUGUUGAUGUUAAAAUCGGUUCAAAAGCCAUUGCCAAGAGAUUGGAGAAUGUUUUACCAAACAUCAUACAUUUCAAUCAAUCUGCAUAUGUAAAGGGUAGAACCAUUUUCGACGCGGUCAGAACCAUAGAGGACGUUAUGGAAUUCUCAAAGAGAUACAGUAUUAAUGGAAGAAUGGUUUGUAUAGAUUUUAAAAAAGCUUUUGACACAGUUAGUAGGGACUUCUUAUUUCGAACGUUAUCCGUCUUUGGUUUUGGACCAUCUUUUAUUCAAUGGAUCCACACUUUUUACAAGAAUGUCUCGAGUUGUGUCUUGAAUAAUGGCUUUGCAACUUCAUCCUUUGCAGUUGAAAGAGGAGUAAGACAGGGAGAUCCUCUCUCUGCUUACUUAUUUAUUAUAGCAUUAGAAGUUUUAUGUGUUAACAUACGUAACAGUAAUGACAUUCGUGGUAUUAAAGUCGAUAAAGAAGAGAUCAAAUUAAGUCUUUUCGCAGAUGACCUGACUGGUUUUUUUAAAGGAUGACCUCUCUCUAACAAACUUUCUUAAACUUAUAGAAGAUUAUGGAACUUGCUCUGGCCUAAAGGUUAACCACGAAAAGACAGAGCUUUUGUUACUGGGUAACCUGGCCUGUACUGUACAAGAAGCCACUCUGAACAACAUAAAAAUUAAACGAUCAGCUAAAAUCUUAGGAGUACAUUUUACCUAUGACAUUCAAGCAAAACAAAAGCUAAACAUCAAUGAAUUAAUCAGCUCCAUCCAACUUAAGCUACGAAUCUGGAGGUGGAGGGAUUUGACUAUCAUAGGGAGAAUUCAAAUUGUCAAAACCUUUAUUAUCCCUAUCUUCUUAUAUCGCACGAGCUUGAUAUCAUUGGAUAAAGAAUUUGUGAAAGAAGCGAACAAAAUUAUCUUUGAUUUUAUAUGGAAAGGAAAGGAUAAAAUUAAACGCUCUGCACUUAUCAGUGAUAUCGAAGAUGGAGGACUUAAAGCCCCACACUUAAACUCCAUAAUUGAAACACAAAGAAUACUUUGCUGCAAGAAAUUGGCAAAUGAUCAACCGAGUGGAUGGAAAAUAAUCCUUUUGCAUUAUCUGAAACCUGUUGGUGGUAAAUUAGUCUUAUGUUGCGACUUUGAUUUGAAGAAAUUGACUAUCAAAUUACCAGCCUUUUAUGAAGAUUGCUUAAAAUCUUUUGCAAAGUGCUCUGCGGUAAAUAAUUUAAAUAUACAGGAUUUAAAUGGAAAAGACUUAUCAAAAGUUAUCUUAUGGAACAACAAAUUUAUUUGUGUUGGUGACAAGUCUGUGUAUUUUCGAAAUCUCGCUGAGAAAGGGAUCUUUCGAGUGGGUGAUUUAAUCUCGAAUAAACAUGAACUUAUAAUCAAAAGCGAGUUGAGAGUCUUGAACCUUUCGCCGCUGGAUGCUUUUAGGCUUGUCUCUUUAAUAGACGCUCUACCAACUCAAUGGCGUGAAUCGUUGAAAUCCUGCAUCUAUACAGGUGACACACCAUUCGAUUUGCGUGAUGAGAUUAAGUUACGCUUAAGUGGUCAAAUUGUUUUACUUGAAAAAGCGUAUUCGAAAAUUGUCUAUAAAGAACUUCGAAACAGAAUCGUCACUCCACCAACUGCUAAACUAAAGUUUGAUGUUAAUUUUGUCAAUGAUACUUUGAACUGGAAAAAGAUCUAUAGCUUGCCAUAUCGUGUUGCCUUAGAUACAAAGACUCGCGAAUUUCAGUAUAAAUUAUUAAACAGAUGCCUUGUGACAAAUACCUUCUUAUGCAAAAUUGGUAUUAUACCAUCUCCAGCGUGCUCCUUGUGUGGUGAAUCGGACGAAUCCCUCGAACAUCUCUUCCUGUCUUGUCAUUAUACUGAGAAUUUCUGGUCUGAGGUUAUAAAAUGGCUUGUUGAUCAUAAGGUCAAGAUUGAAAAUCUUUCAGACAAAGAUAUACUGUUUGGUAUUAUUGGAUGUGACUCGGAUGAGAUAUUUGUGAAUCGUAUUUUAUUACUGGCAAAACAAUAUCUAUACUCUUGUAGACAGAACAAAUAUCCUCCCUCCAUCAGAGUUCUUCAUUCCAAAAUUAAUACUGUCUUCUUAAUAGAGACAAUGAUCGCUGAGUCAAACAAUAAGUUGGAGACCCACAAUAUGAAAUGGGGCAAAUAUAAAACUGAUUAGCAUACGAUCUCUUCUCCGCUUACUUUAUUUAUUAUUAAUCUUUAUUAUUUAUUUAUUUUAUUUUACUUUUUUUUUUCAUGUAAAUAGAAAAGAAGGUACUGGGUUUUUGUUUCGUUUGUUUUCUUUUUUGUAAGUAUGUAAUUGUGUGUUAGUCUGCGAUGUAUAAUGUUUAGUUUUCCUUUCCGUUUUUUGUAUCUUUUCUUUACGUGUUCCGUGUUCAUAAGUCAGAAUGUAAAAAAAAUGUAAAACAUUUUAAAACAAAAAAUUCAUUAAAAUACAAAAAAAAAAAAUAAUAAUAACCUUUCCUGCGAGAUCGAUACGUAGAGCCCAUGGGAGGAGAUGCCUUUUUGUUUUUGUUUUUUUGGUUUUCUCAAACAAAACAAAAAACAGCAACAGGAAAAGAUUUUGAUCCCGCAAUCUACCCAAAUCGCUUUAAAUCUUUUCCUUUUUAAGGAUUUUUUUCUCUUUUGAGGUUAACAUUAGAUUUUGUUAAAGAACAAUUGAUUGAGACCAUGCUUCAACACUUAUGUCCAGGAUGGAAUGCACAUGCAAAAUGCACAGAAUUUUUUGUUUUGUUUUGUUCUUAAUAGCUCUGCUGUGUAAUUUUUGUUGUUAACAGUACGUUGCGUUACGUUGUGUAGACAAAGCGGAGAUAUACAGUUAUGUAGAAUUACCGUUUUUAAAAUGUUUCUAUGAUAAAUAGUCAAAACUCUGCUUCGAUAUAAUGUUUUUAGUUUCAGCGUACUCCUCUGCAAAAAGCCGAACGUCAAAACCACCAUUCCAUAGUGCAGUUGCUUCUGAAGAAUGAUGCCAGGCCGUGUCCUCAUCAACCAGUAAGUUAUGGCAGAUUGUGCCCGAAAAACUGUCUCACAUUUCUGCGUCAACUUAUGAGGUCAUAGACUUGUAACGACAACAACCGCUACCACCACUUCAUUUUGUGUAGAACACGUGUAUCUGCAAUAUGAAUACAGGGCAACCCGUGCAAAAAUCUACUUACAUGUAGUAUAAAAUGGAUUUCCUCUUUAUCACUUUCUCUUAUAAACUUGGUAAUUUUUUAACAGGUCAGUCUAAAAAAACUCUCAAGGAAAGCUUUCACGCAAUUGGAUAAAAAGGCUGGAUUUAAUGUACUCCAGGUGGCUGUCUUAGAGGAAGAAUAUGACAUUGUUUUAAAAGCUCAAGGACUUUCAAGUUAUAAAAGUAUCAAAAGACUUUAUAAUGAGUGUGCUAAGGACAACAGUAGACAGACUAAGCUGCAGUGGGCUACAUGUAAUGAUGAUGCGGAACAAGCUGUUGAGCUUCUAUUAAAUGACGGUGUAGAUAUUAAUGCCCGAGCGUCAGAUAAUGAUUACACAGUUUUGAUGCAGGCGAGUCGUUCAUCCUCCAGUCAGUUCAUUGAGACCCUCAUUGAUCUUGGGGCUGACAUAAAUAUCCAAAGAAAAAAGAGUAAAGAAACACCAUUAAAAUUAGCAACUGUUUGGAACAACUAUAUGGCAGUGUGCUUGCUAGUAAGGCACGGAGCUUAUGUAGAUGUUCAGGACAGUUAUGGAUUCACACCACUACACAUUUCAGUCGGAAGAGGUCGCGAAAAUCUUAUCAAAUUACUACUUGCAAAUAAAGUAGAUGUAAAUAUUCAAGAUGAAGAUGGAUAUACACCCUUGCACUGCUGUGCCAGAUGGGGUAACGAAAACAUCUGUAGAUCGUUACUUGAACACAGCGCGGAUGUAAAUACUCAAGCUAAAGAUGGAUUCACACCCUUGCACUUG